UUUAAUAGACAGCAGACAUGCUCUCAGGUUGCCCAAGUUUAGACUGAACAAAAGGAGAAGUCAUGGUGUCUUAACGGUCACUGAAAUUGCUGCAGGAUUUCUGCAACUGCAUGUCAAAAAAUAUUUGACUAUUGCAGAAUGUAAUGGUGUUUGGAUGUUUAGUUUUUUACUUGAGGAUCCUUUUUAUUGCGUAAUUUUAGAAAAUAUUAAAGUAUCCUCUAAUAAAUGUGAUAAAAUGGCAGUAGAGCUCAAAUGUAGAGCUAAGCAUAAGGAAGUUUUUACCAUUAUAAAAAUGCAUCAUAAGUGGAAAAAGAGGAUGUUGUAAUCAGAUUUGAAAAAAAAGAGUAAAAAUCUGUUCAGUGGAAAAUGAUAUUCUGAUUUUAGUCAGUAGUGUGGGAGGAAAAGUAAAAACAGUGGUUCCUCUUUUUUCACGGUUAUGUUUAAUUUUUAAGUUUAAAGUGAUAAAUCACAAAAACAGUCACCUCGGUGCACUUUAAACUGCAAGGUAAAGACAUUUACCAGUACAGUAUAUCACAGAAUUAGGGAGACAACCACAACAAUCAGACAAUUCCCAAUGAGCAAUCACUAGUGUGUUAGGCAGUGUUAGGAAGGAAAACCCAGCAGGACAAAAUCUCUGACAGCCUCAGAGAGGAGCAGUAAUCUGCCAUAACCAGUGGUGAGGUGAGCAGAGAAAGACACACCCAAACCUUACAGCUCGAGCUUAAUUCACUGUCUUAAACUUAAAUCAGGAUGAUCUGCAUGCAAAGCUGGCUUGCCAACCAGCAAAGCACAAAACUGCAGCGGGCCCACUUAAGUCGCACUGUUAAUCUAAUUUAAUUCUGUUUACAAUGGUGGAAAUGUAUCCGAAAGGAGUACCUUUAAACAAGAAUAUGAAGUGUGACAGAUAUGUGACAAGACUUGAUGAAGUGGAACUAUUUGUCAAAAUUUAGUUUCAACAUUUCCAUAUAUCCAGGGGCAGGGUACACCCUAGACAGGUUGGCAGUCUAUUGCAGGUCACUCAGUUCUGAAACUCUUUCUGUACUCCAUCCAUCUAACCAUUUUCUUCCACUUAUCCAAUUGAGGGUCGUGGGGAGUUUGAGCAUCUGCUACUGGGCAAGAGGUGGGGUACACUCUUGACAGUCAUCAAUCUAUCACAAGUAGUGAUAGACUGAUGCCCAUCCUACCUCCUGUGGCAGCUUGGAUAGGCAAAUAGAGCACUUUUCCAUCAUGAACAUACUGUAAAAAGACCAAAACAGAGCUAAAUAGAAAAUAUGAAUUAAUGUCAGUGCUCCAGUAUAAGCAGCAUAAUCUGCUGACCCCAUGUGGUGAAUAAAUCAUCUACAGCAGCUUUAAAAAGAGACUUAACAGAGAUAGCAUGUAUGCUUUUAGUCCAACUUAAUCGAAAUGAAUACAUUUAUUACUACAUAUCUAUCGUAAGUAUAGUUCUUUCUUUUGUUUCACCUCAGAUGCAUAUAUCUAUAGUCCAAGCCUGCUCUGCUCUACAUAGGAGUGUGCAGUAGAUUCAUUUAUUACUUGUUUUAAACUUCAGGUUGCUACAACAGUCAGGGAGAUCAAAUCUUAAUAUUUACUGAUCUCAAAGAGAAAAACAAAAGAAAAAAAAGGCAUUAAUUGUAACUCAAUACUUACACCAAACAGAAGACCACUGCACCCAAGGAAUUAAAAAUUAAGAUGUGGCGUUCUCCCUCUGACCUAAACAAACAUCAUUGCCUAACUAAACCUAGCAGAAAUAAAAUUGUGAAAAUAAAACUACCGGACACAUUUGAAACAAGAAAGAAAGAACGAAAGAAGAAAAAAUCCUAUUAACGCAAACGACCAAGAGAUGUCCUCCAGCUCAUUAAGUCAACCAGAGAAACUUGAAAGAAAAGAGAUCUAAUUAUAAUUCAAACAUCAUAGAGGAGGCCAGCGGGGAGAGGACAGGAGACAGAACACCAGGACCCCUACUUCCCUCCUUAAGUAAGUAGGUCUGUUGAUAUUUAGAUUAUCAAAAUGAUUAAUCUCUGUCUAAACUUAUAAAACACAGUAACUCUAACAUUACACUUAAUGUUACGGCAAUUAGGAUCCUUAAAGAAACAUUCAUACCCAAUAGCCAGUUGUUAUCUAAUGAUGCUAAUUUGGGAACACGUGUAUCUGUUGCAUCUGUCCUCUCCGUCAUGUGAUGAAUGGUCUCUGGCAGCCUCUGCGGUUAAACAUUAAGACGUAGCACUAGUCCGCAUGGAGACUAUCCAGGAGGCCGUGCACUUAUAAUCCUCUGCAUGAUCACUGUGCAAGCUGCAAAAAGUCCUCUCUAAUUGUCCAAUACUUAAAUCUUGGGCAAUCGUGGGCAUAUAUUUGGAAAUCAGACAAACUUCUUCUCUGGAGAGGGAAGUUAGAAGGAGCCAGAAAAAUAAAUAAAGCUGAAAAAACAGUCACAUCACACGAUAUUCUAUGCUGUUUGAAAUCAUAACUGAGGAUAACAUGGCUUCUUUACGCGGUUGGCAGAGGAGGUGACCAAAAGGACACGCUGUCAUAUAUUUAGACUAACGGGAACACGCUGGUCCUGUCAGUGUAGGAAACGUUAUCAGAGUUUAUUCGCCAGUGGAAAACUUCAUACCGGAGUACAGCUGAGCCAAAAGGGAAUAUUCUGACUUCUGAUUGUAUUUUUCUCUCCACAUUUCCUCCUCCUCUCUCUCUCUCUCUCUCUCUCUCUCGGGGAUCCAGUCAGAUCCAGUCUGGAUGAAGCGGACGUCUUGGUGCGAGAUAAUCGUCAGAUGAUGUGAGUUAAUGAGGCGGAGAUGCAAGGAGACAGACUCAGACGCGCUCCUCUCAUGCCAGGACAGGUGUGCCACCAGUGAGAGCGAGAGGAGGAGAAAACGAAAGGCGCAGAGAGAAUAAAGUUAGGGUGGUUGGGUAGACAUCAAGCGGAGAAGAAGUCACUUUCCAGGUUCUCGAUAUGGAAACCGGGCAGAGCGCACCGGCGUCGGACAUGGGGGGAGACCACACAGCUGGGGUGUGUGUGGUGGAGCGGGACCGGGACCGAGAGAGGGGCGACGUGUCCAGCCCCAGUCCACCGACUAAGCAGCGCUCUCUACGGGUCGUCUACGUCCUGAACGAUGGGCUUAAGUCGGUGAUGGCGAGCAGCCCGGAGUCCGGAGCGCUGCAGUCUUUGCAGAGAGCCUGUGACUCGGAGAGCGCCCUGCUCACCACCGUCACCUUCGGAAGAUUGGACUUUGGAGAAACAUCAGUGCUGGACAGUUUCUACGAUGCAGACAUUGCAGUCGUGGAUAUGAGCGAUGUGUGUCGGCAGCCCUCCUUGUUUUACCACCUGGGCGUGAGGGAGAGCUUUGACAUGGCCAACAAUGUCAUCCUGUACCACGACACCGACCCCGACACUGCCCAGUCACUGAAGGACAUGGUGGCACAGAAAAACACAGCUGCUCGUCCUCCACCGUUAGGUUUUCCCUGGGUUCAGUUGCCUCCAGAAUACAGAGGCUCUGGACUGCGAAAUAAAGCAUCCAGUGGUAACUACUACUUCAUCCCCUACAUAGUCACUCCUAACCACGAGUAUAUGUGCUGUGAAAGUGAUGCCCAACGGAGGGCAAGCGAGUACAUGCAGCCCAACUGGGAUAACCUGCUGGGCCCACUGUGUGUUCCCCUGACCGACCGCUUCACCAGCCUGCUGAAGGACAUCCAUGUAACAUCCUGUGCUUCCUUUAAGGACACCCUGCUCAACGAUAUCAGGAAGGCUAGGGAGAAGUACCAGGGAGAGGAGCUGGCUAAGGAGCUUUCACGCAUUAAACUCCGAAUUGAUAACACAGAGGUCCUAACACAGGACAUUGUCAUGAACCUGCUGUUUUCCUACAGAGAUAUACAGGACUAUGAUGCCAUGGUGAAACUGGUGCAGACUCUGGAGAUGCUGCCAACAUGUGAUCUGGCUACCCAGCCCAUGAUCCAGUUUCAUUACUCCUUUGCCCUCAACAGGAGGAAUGCUCCUGGAGACAGGGAGCAGGCUCUCAGAGUGAUGCUGCAGGUGCUGCAGUCCUGCGAACAUCCUGCACCAGACAUGUUCUGUCUCUGUGGACGAAUCUACAAGGACAUUUUUCUCGACUCUGACUGCAAAGACACUAAAAACAGGGACAACGCUAUUCAGUGGUACAGAAAGGGCUUUGAGCUGCAGCCCACUCUGUACUCGGGUAUUAACCUAGCUGUCCUCCUCAUAGUUGCUGGCCAGCAAUUCGAGAGCUCCAUGGAACUCAGAAAAAUAGGGGUGAGGUUAAACAGCCUGCUGGGGCGCAAGGGUUCCUUGGAAAAGAUGAAUAACUACUGGGACGUCGGCCAAUUCUUCACCGUUAGCAUGCUAGCGAGUGACAUUCCUAAAGCUACUCAGGCUGCAGAGAAGCUCUUCAAGCUGAAGCCACCUGUUUGGUAUUUGCGUUCAGUAGUGCAGAACUUACAGCUGAUCCAGAGGUUUAAAAAGCAAAAUUUAGAACAUUCACCUCAAAGAGAGAAACUCAACUUCUGGAUGGACAUCAUCGUCGAGGCCACGCAAUGCACCACCAACAGACUGCGGUUUCCAGUGCUGAUUCUGGAGCCGACCAAAGUUUACCAGCCGUCCUAUGUAUCCAUCAACAAUGAGGCUGAAGAGAAGAACGUCUCCAUCUGGCAUGUUUCUCCUGCUGAAACGAAAGGUAUUCAUGAGUGGAACUUCACUGCAAUGUCCAUCAAAGGCAUUAGUAUCAGUAAGUUCGAUGAGCGUUGCUGCUUCCUCUACGUCCACGAUAACUCGGAUGACUUCCAGAUCUAUUUCUCUACUGAGGAGCAGUGCGGUCGGUUCUGCUCCAUGGUGAAAGAGAUGAUAUCUGAUGGUACUGGGAAUGCUGUGGAGCUGGAGGGGGAGGGCGAUGGAGAUACGCUAGAGUAUGAAUAUGACACCGAUGAGACAGGGGAAAGGGUGGUGUUGGGUCGUGGCACCUAUGGAGUGGUGUAUGCUGGGAGAGAUCUCAGCAACCAAGUCCGAAUUGCCAUCAAAGAGAUCCCUGAAAGAGACAGCAGGUACUCUCAGCCCCUUCAUGAAGAGAUCGCUCUUCACAAGUACCUGAAGCACAGGAACAUUGUUCAGUAUUUGGGCUCCAUUUCUGAGAAUGGAUACAUUAAGAUCUUCAUGGAACAAGUGCCUGGAGGAAGUCUGUCUGCGUUGUUGCGGUCGAAAUGGGGUCCUCUGAAGGAAGCAACAAUUAUCUUCUACACCAGACAGAUUCUGGAAGGGCUCCGAUACCUGCAUGAAAACCAGAUCGUCCACCGAGACAUCAAGGGUGAUAAUGUGCUAGUUAACACCUACAGUGGUGUCUUGAAGAUCUCUGACUUUGGUACCUCAAAACGGUUGGCAGGCGUCAAUCCCUGUACAGAAACAUUCACAGGUACCCUGCAGUACAUGGCUCCAGAAAUAAUUGACAAGGGCCCUCGAGGCUAUGGGGCACCAGCUGACAUUUGGUCCCUGGGAUGUACCAUUAUAGAAAUGGCCACUGGGAAACCUCCCUUUCAUGAGCUGGGGGAACCACAGGCAGCCAUGUUUAAGGUUGGCAUGUUUAAAAUUCACCCAGAGAUUCCUGAGUCUUUGUCACAGGAGGCCAAGUCAUUUAUUCUACGUUGCUUUGAGCCCGACCCUCACAAGAGGGCCAUCGCCUUGGACCUGCUCAGAGACACUUUUGUCAAGCACAACACCAAGGGAAAGAAGAGUAAGAUCGCCUUCAAAUCACCAGACUAUAUCCCUAACAUCUCCCUGCCAGUGCAGGUGCAAGGCGAGGCCGCUGGCAGUAGCAGCAGUGAGCACGGCUCUGUGAGUCCCGACUGCGACGCGAAACACGACGUGUUCUUUGACAAGAGGAAAAGCUCUGGCUCCAAGAAUCUGCUCAAACCUCCCAGUUCUAACUACCUGAGUGUGCCUGAUGAGGGUUCAGUAUCAGAGGACCGCUCUGUUCCCCCAUCUCCUGAGGACAGGGACAGCGGUUUGUUCAUGCUAAAGAAGGACAGCGAGAGACGGGCCAUUCUGUACAAGGUCCUCAAUGAAGACCAGGAAAAGGUCAUCUCCAACCUCAGGGAAAAUCACAUGCAGGGUAGUGAGGAUCUCCAGCUGUCCAUCGAUCACAUCAAGCAGAUCAUCUGCAUCCUUCGAGACUUCAUCCAUUCCCCGGAGCGGCGCGUCAUGGCAGCCACCAUCUCCAAGCUCAAGCUGGACCUCGACUUUGACUCCACCUCUAUCAACCAGAUUCAGCUGGUGCUGUUUGGCUUCCAGGACUCGGUAAACAAGGUCCUGAGAAAUCACCACAUUAAACCCCACUGGAUGUUUGCCAUGGAUAACAUCAUCCGCCGAGCUGUGCAGGCUGCAAUAACCAUCCUAAUACCAGAGCUGCAGACCCACUUUGGCCCGGCGUCAGAGUGUGAGGGAGCAGAGAAGGAAGACGAGGUCGAUGAGGAGGAAGCAGAGUUUGGACCCAUUUUAGUGCAGCAUGCUGACGAGACGGGGACAACGUCCGAUCCCACACACUCUGCGGUCAGCACUGUGAACUCCUCCCACUCCCAUGAACAUCAACGGUCACAUCAUCAUCUAGGCGCCCAGCUGGGCAGGCUCAAACAUGAAACCAACAGGCUGCUGGAUGAGCUGCUACAAAAGGAGAAGGAGUACCAGCAGGUCUUGAAAGCCACCCUGCAGCAGAGAACACAUGAUUUAGAGUUGGUCCGAGUCAGACACAGACCCCCAGACAUUUCACCUCCAUCCAUCCACCACAUCCCAGCAGACCAUGAGCCAGACAAGCAGCUCACCGACUGGCUGAAAGAGCAGGGCGCAGACCCCGUCACCAUAGACAAGUUUGUGCUUGAGGAAUAUACACUGACGGACAUUCUUCGUGACGUUACCAAAGAGGACCUCCGGUGCCUACAUCUACGGGGUGGAGUCCUCUGCCGGAUCUGGCGAGCCAUCCAGCGGCACAGAGAGCGAGACAGGCUGGCGAACGACAAGCGCUCAGAAAACAAUGCAUGAUGGAGUCGAAUUCUGUUGUGGGAAAAAACACGCACAUGUUCACACAUUACCAUGAUCUCUCCUUUUUCUCUGCCUCUACAGUGCCUUUUUUUAAUGUUGUUUUUGUGUUGUAUGGACAGGACUCACUGAAUCCAUGUAGAGUCCGACUUGACCAGACCAAAGUGCUUUAGUGCAGGCACUACUGUGUGUACCUUUGUCUUUGUGCUUGAUAUUUAUGAAACAUGCUCCCCUAAUGUUUCUUCAGAGCAUUGAUUCUCAAGCUUUUUUUAAAAUGUUCACCUUCAGGAGUGCCACCAUUUUUGUAUUUAAACAAGCACUACAGCCCUGAACGUUUUAGGGACUUUUCAGAAGUCACAUGUGACCUCUUUAACUUGACUGCUCCUUAGUACAAGCAUGUCAGGUGGCGUCAACGGGUGUCAUGUUUACUGCAUUCACCUUCAGCCAAGCUCCAAAUAUGCAAAUGUUUCUGGAGUUUGUUUCUGAAAUUGUGCAAAUUUCAAGAAUGACAAUAGCUUUAAUUUCACAUUGUGUCUUUGGCCAUCCUAAUGUCAAGGCUCUGUUUCUCCCAGAAGGACAUGGCUUGAGAACCACUGCUUUAGGAUAUGAAAAUCUGCUGUAUAUUGGUACAGUCGGCUGUGCUGUCUAUGACGAAAAGUCCGCAGCAUUAAAUGAAUUUAUGUAUCUGCUGUUUUGCACUCUGCAUCUUUUAGACUUGCAUUUUUCUAAGCAAACUGUCCUGCUUACCUUAAAAUGUUGUGAGUCUCUGAAUAUACAUUUCAGCCUAAAGCCUUAAAUUAAACAUAAUGUAGCAUGCACACUGAUCACUGCCUUUAGAUUUGUAUGCAUGUUAUUUAUUAGUCGUAACUACUCUCUUCUAUUCUCUAUCUGUAUUUAAUUCAUUUUUUAUUCCAACUGUCAUAUUAUAUGUUCUUUACAAUUCCAAUAAACCUGGAAAAAGCAAAA